AUGCAGGACCGGCGGCGCGGCGGCCGCCUGAGCGCCGUCGAGGAGCCCCAGGAGCGCGUCGUCGGCGACGCCGUGGCGUGGUGCGUGGCCCACGGCGCGAGCUACGCGGCGCCCGUCGCGGCGGGCGAGGCGCCGUCCCUGAGCUUCACGCACGCGCCCUUCGCGCUCUUCCCCUUCCCCUUCCCCCGGAGCGAGUACGAGCGGCUCGUCGCGAUGCAACCGGCGUUCAACCGCCUGGUCGAGCGCGUCGCGCGGGACGCGGCCUGGCUCGAGGCGACGCUGGAGCAGACGGCGGCGUCGGACGCCUUCACGCGCCGGCUCCUGGAGCUGCGGCGGUCGCAGACGAGCGCGCAGACCGCGAGCCUCGGCCUGCUGCGGAGCGACUACAUGAUCGACGCGGGCCCCGGCUCCGGCGACGCGCCCUUCGAAAACGGCAAGGCGCUCCAGGUCGAGCUGAACACGAUCGCGAGCUCCUUCGGGUGCCUGAGCACCGUGCUCAGCUCGCUCCACGCCUACGUCGCCGCCAAGUACGCGGGCGGCGUCGACGACGCGUGGCUGCCGCUGCCGAAGAACGGCGCGACCGCCGGGUUGGCGAGAGGCAUCGCCGCGGCGCACGCCGAGUACGAGCGCCAGUACCCGCCGGCCGCCGGGGCGCCGCCGCGGCGCGUCGCCGUCGUCGUCCAGCCCGGCGAGCGGAACCAGAUGGACCAGCGCAUGCUCGAGCACGAGCUCUGGGACGCGCACGGCGUCGCGAUGGAACGCGUGACGCUCCUCGAGGCGUUGGAGGACGGCGUCGCCGACGCGUCGGGCGCGCUCACGUUCCGCGGCGGCGCCUGGGAGCUGAGCGUCGCCUACUUCCGCGCGGGCUACUCGCCGGACGAGUACCUCGGCGACGGCGAGUGGGCCGCGCGCGCGCUCUUGGAGAACUCGCGCGCGAUCAAGUGCCCGACCGCGGCCUACCAGCUCGCGGGCUGCAAGAAGGUCCAGCAGGCCCUGGCGGCGCCCGGCGAGCUCGAGAAGUUCCUGCCGGCCGCCGAGGCCGCGGAGCUGCGGACCGUCUUCGCGGGCUUGUACGACCUCGACGUCGCGGACGACGCGGGCGCCGUCGAGGCCGUCGUCGCCGAGGCGCUCGCGCGCCCGGACAAGUACGUGCUCAAGCCCCAGCGCGAGGGCGGCGGCAACAACCUCUACGGCGCCGAGCUCAAGGACGCGCUCGAGACGCUGUCGCCAUCGGACCGCGCGGCCUUCAUCCUCAUGGACCGCAUCAACCCGCCCCAGCGCCGCGCGACGCUCGUCCGCGACGGCGCGCCCGUCGAGGGCGACUGCGUCUGCGAGCUCGGCGUCUACGGCACGAUCCUCGCGCGGCCCGCGGACGGCGGCGGCGCGCCCGUCGAGCUCCACAACGAGGUCGUCGGCCACCUCCUCCGCCAGAAGCUCCUCGGCGUCGACGAGGGCGGCGUCGCCGCGGGCUUCGCCGUCCUCUCGUCGCCGGCCCUCGUCGGCAAGCCCUCGGCCAUGGGCCCCGACGUCGCCAAGCUCCUCGGGUCGCGCGUUUAA